AUGACAACACAAACAAAAACUUCAUCACCAAUACAACCAUCACCAAUAGAACAAUCACCAAUACAACAAUCACCAAUACAACAAUCACCAAUACAACAAUCACCAAUACUACAAUCACCAAUACAACGAUCACCAAUACAACAGUUACCAAUACAACAAUCACCUAGCAUCUCUUCAACUUCUUUUUCUAAUUCUAAUAAUGAUACCAAUUUUAAUUCAAAAAGACUAUCAAAUUCAAUUUUCCCUACAUCAACAUCACCUGUACUAUCUCCAUUAUCUCCACCAUUGCAACCACAACCAUUAAUUUCAACUUCAACAUCUUUCAAUAUUAAUAAUAAUAAUAAUAAUAAUAAUAAUAAUAAUAAUAAUAAUAAUAAUAAUAAUAAUAAUAAUAAUAAUAAUAAUAAUAAUAAUAAUACACCAAAAACCACGAUAAGUGGAGCUACGAGAUCUUCAUGGACAAAAGAAGAAGAAAGAUUAUUUGUUGAAGCAUAUAAGCUAUAUGAUAAGGAUAAUAAAAAGAUUCAAGAACAUGUUAAAACCAAAACAAUACUUCAAGUUAGAUCUCAUGCACAAAAGUUUGCAUUGAAAUUGGAAAAAAAUGGUAUAAAAUCAUUAGAUAAUAUCGAUCAAUUAUUUAAUCAAUCACAUGCUGCUUCCUCUUCUCAUAAUUUACCUUCUCAUAAUACACCUUGGAGUAAUGAAGAACAUGAAUUGUUUCUUAAAGCAAUUGAAAAAUAUGGUAGAGGUAAUUGGAAAUUAAUUUCAACAUUAAUAAAAAGUAGAAAUACACUUCAAAUUAAAAAUCACGCUAGAAUUUACUUUGAUAAAAUUUCUCAACAAAAUGGACCUCCUUCCAAAAAAACUAUUAUAGAAGUAGAAAAUAAUAAUAAUUAUAAUGAUCAAAAUAAUAAUAAUGAACAAAACAAUAAUAAUAAUAAUAAUAAUAAUAAUAAUAAUAAUAAUAAUAAUAAUAAUAAUUCCUUUUUUAAUGGUAAUGAUAAUGGUAAUAAUAGUAGUUAUAGUGAUAAUGGAAAUGGUAAUAAAAGUACUUCUAGUAAGAGUGAUUUAAGUAAUACUCGUAGUAGUGGUAGUAGCAGUAGUAGUGGUAGUAGUAGUAGUAGCAGUAGUAGUACUAUUAGUAGUGGUGGCAGUGGUGGUAGAAGUAGUGGUGGUAGUAGUGGCAGAAGCAGUGGUAACAGUAAGAAAUCAUCUUCAAAAAGUAAAAGUAAAAAUCCAACAAGUAAACCCAUUACACCAAUACAACCAAAGCUUAUUUUACCUUCAAGAAACAUUAUUUUAUCAUCAGCAUUCUCAACACCAACACCAACAUCAAUCUCAACAUUUCCAAAAACACCAACAUACACAACAAGCAAUUAUAAAAGUAGCAAUAAUCCUUUAAAUAGAAGUUUUGGCAGUAUCAAUAAUUCAAGUAGUAAUAAUAAUAAUAAUAAUAAUAAUAAUAAUAAUAAUAAUAAUAAUAAUAAUAAUAAUAAUAAUAAUAAUAAUAAUAAUAAUAAUAAUAAUAAUAAUAAUAAUAAUAAUAAUAAUAAUAAUAAUAAUAAUAAUAAUAAUAAACCACCAACAAAAGAGAGAUAUCUAGACUUAAAUAUUAUUACACAAGAGGAAAUGAUGGGAUGUAAAGAAUAUUUCACUGGUCAAAUAUCUAAAACACCUGAUAGAUAUAUCAAAAUUCGUGAUAAAAUUAUUAGACAAUGGGAUUCCUUUAAACCAAACUAUCUUUCAAAAACAUUUUCAAGAAAUCAAAUAAAAGAUUGUGGUAGUGAUAUUAAUUCAAUUGGUAGAGUUCAUCAAUUUUUAGAAUCAAUUGGUGUUAUUAACUUUAAUGCAGUUGGAAACCCGUUAAAUAAUAAUGAUUAUGAUCGUGAUAAUAAUAAUAAUAAUAAUAAUAAAAAUAAUAAUAAUAAUAAUAAUAAUAAUAAUAAUAAUAAUAAUAAUAAUAAUAAUAAUAAUAAUAUAUCAGAUUUAUCAGCUAUUUUAUCAAGUGCAAUUACAAAUAGAAUGUUAGAGAAUAGAAAAACUAACAAUCCAUUAAGAAAAAGAAAAAUAUUUUAUGAUGGUCAAUGGAUGGAUCAAAGUUUAUUAAACACCACUAUUGAACAUAGUGGAAAUGAAAAUGAUAAAAUUAAUAUGGCUACUUCAUCAACAAUCAACAAUGUAAAUAAUUCAAAAACAUCAUCAUCAUCAUCACCAACUAAUGAAAGUUCAAAACUUUAUAAUUUUGAAGAUUUUUCGUCAUUUCCAUCAUUUGAUCCAUUCACUUUGGUUGAAUGUAAAAAAUAUAAUAAUCCAAAUGAACAACCAUUUACAAUCGAUGUUAGUUCAAAUACGAUGAUCGUUAUGGAUAUUCAUUCUCAUAUUUCAUCAACUGAAGUCAUUGGUAUGUUGGGUGGUAAAUUUAAUCCAGAUACCAAUCACAUAACAAUAUUAUUGGCGAUUCCUUGUAAUUCAAUUUCUUCUGAUAUUCAAUGUGAUAUGGAUCCAAACUCACAAAUUGCUGCAAAGGAAAUGGUUAAUUCAAUUGGUUUAGAUAUUGUCGGUUGGUAUCAUUCUCAUCCAAACUUUGAACCAAUACCAUCAUUACGAGAUAUUGAAACUCAAACUUCUUUUCAAAAUUUAUUUGCAACUUCAUCAAACAAUAAUAAUAAUAAUAAUAAAUCUAUGAUUGAACCAUUUAUUGGAUUCAUAGUUAAUCCGUAUCAUAAGAAUGGAUUAAUAUCAAAUUUUAAUUGUAUUACAAUUACAAAACAAAUGGAUGAAACCAAUCAAUAUCGUAUUCCAUAUCAAUUAUCAACAAGUUAUACACCAUCUUUAAAUAACCAAUAUCUUUAUCAACAAAUUGAUAAUUUAUUUGAAAAGUAUAAAAGUUAUUCAAGUCGAAUAGAUUUAAAGAAAACAAUGGAAAAUGGUGGUUUCACUCAUUUGGAUAAAAUGAUUAGUUCCAUUUCUUCAAAUUUAAUUUUAAAUAACAAUAGUAGUAGUAGUAAUAAUAAAAAUAACACUAAUGAGAGUGACCUUAUUAAUUGUGAUGAAGAUAUAAUUCAAGAUGAUCAAACUGAAUUAUUUUUAACAAAAAUUAAAAAUCAAUUUAAAGAUUUUAAUAAUAAUAAUAAUAAUAAUAAUAAUAAUAAUAAUAAUAAUAAUAAUAAUAAUAAUAAUAAUAAUAAUAAUAAUAAUAAAAAUAAAAAUAGAAAUGAAGGAAGUAGGUCAAGAAGUAGAUCAAGAAGUAGAUCAAGAAGUAGAUCAAGAAGUGGAACAAGAAGUAGAUCUAGAAGUAGAAGUUUAGAUAGUUAUUCUAGAAGUAGAAGUAGAAGUGGUGGAAAUGGUUAUGUGGGUGAGAAAACACUGCCAAAGAAACAUCAUCAUCAACAUCUUCAUAAUAGACAUAAGAGUAACACUUUCAAUGACCCAGAUCUAAGUGAUUCUUAUAUGAGUGAAGUUAGUAGAUCGUCAUCUGAUUAUUAUAAUACUGAGUCCAGUAGUAGUAUGAGUGAUAUUGAAGAUGAUGACAUCAGUGAAUAUAGUGAUACUGAAAAUUAUAAAUCUUUUAAUAAAAAUAAUAAUAACAAUAAUCAUUACAAUAAUAAUUUUUUAGAUAAGCCAGUAUUACAAAACAAACCAUCAUACCAAUAA